AUGACGGUUUUUCUAGAAGACUCGGUAGUUCCUACAAAAAAUACAAAACUAACCUUAGGAAAAGCCAUUCAAGUACCACCUAUUGCCAUCGGUUGCUGGCAAUGGGGAGAUAAGUCAUACUGGGACUGGACUCCAGAAGCUGAAGAGGAUGCAAAAAAAGCAUUUAACAAGGCCUUUGAAUUAGGCAUCCCAUUCUAUGACACUGCCGAAGUUUACGGAGACGGUGAAUCAGAAAGUGAAAUUAAACGAUUCCGAGAAAGUUACGGAGAAGAAGAAAAAAACCAGCAGAUCAUUGCAACCAAAUUCUUCCCACAUCCGGAUCGAAUUCAGUUUCCUGAUGUCUUGUUGUCUGCUCUCAAGGACUCCUUGGCUCGCUUAGGCAUGUUCAAGGUCGAUCUUUAUCAAAUUCAUGCAGCUAUCCAUCCUGCAGAAAUAGAAAUUGUUGCCGAUGCCCUAGCGGACGCAUAUGACGCUGGUCUUGUCAAGGCUGUGGGUGUAUCAAAUUAUGGUCUUGACGAGAUUAAGCGUAUGCAUGCAGCAUUGCAAAAAAGAAAUGUUCCUUUGGCAUCCAACCAAAUUUCCUUCUCUCUGCUUCGUACCAUCCCUGAGAAAUCAGGUCUUAUUCAGUUAUGUCAUGAUCUCGGAGUUGCUGUCUUGGCCUAUUCUCCGCUUGGUAUGGGUCUGUUGACAGGCAAAUACCAUCCUCAUGGCCCAUUCCCUGAGAAGCGUGAUCGCUUCUUUAGAAAGUUUGAUCCUGAGCAGCUAACCAAGCUGUUGGACACCUUAAAGGCAUUGAGCAACAAGUACGAAAGAUCUCAGAGUGCAAUCGCUCUCAAUUGGUGUAUUGCCAAGGGCACAAUUCCUAUCGGAGGAGCCAGAACAGCUGAUCAUGUAGAACAAAACUUCACUGCCUUAGGAUUCCGCUUGACCCAAGACGAGAUUAAUAUGCUGGACAAGUUUGCAUUUGUAGGAAGCAACAAUAAUGAAUGGCAACAUGGAUAA